AUGGCGGGAACCCAAACCCAAACCCAAACGCAGACGCAGACGCAGAUACAGACAAGGAGUCAUGCGGGACACUCCCAUGGCCAUGGACAUAGCCAUGAUACGGCAUAUUUGACAUCCAAGAACAAGAAGGAUCCGGGGGUGAGGAUAACACGGAUUGGCCUCUUCGUCAACAUCGGGAUGGCGCUGAGCAAGGGGAUAGGGGGCUACAUUUUCAACUCGCAAGCGUUGAUUGCGGACGGAUUCCACGCCUUGACUGACUUGGUUUCCGAUUUCAUGACGCUUGCCACGAUUUCAUGGUCCUUGAGACCAGCUACAUCUCGGUUUCCAAGUGGGUACGGCAAGAUCGAAAGUCUGGGUGCCCUGGGAGUGAGUGGUCUGUUGUUGUUUGGUGGCCUAGGCAUGGGUCUCAACAGCUUGGAUGCCCUUUACACGCAAUUGUUUGUCGACGCCGCCACACUUGCUGCCCAAACCCAUGAGCAUGGAGAACAUUCACACCGGCUGUUUUCGUUCCUUGGGCAUAGCCACAGUCAUGGAGGCGCCCUUCCUGAUAUCAAUGCUGCUUGGCUGGCUGGCGGCUCUAUCGUGAUCAAAGAAUGGUUGUAUCAGGCGACUAUGAAGAUCGCCCGAGAACGCAAGUCAUCGGUCCUGGCCUCGAACGCCGUCCACCAUCGAAUCGAUUCCAUGACCAGCAUAGUCGCCCUUGCCACCAUCGGCGGAGCGCAUGUGUUUAGCAAUGCUUCCUGGCUAGAUCCAGUCGGUAGUUUGAUUAUAUCUUACAUGGUGAUAAGAGCUGGAUGGAGUAAUACCAGGGCGGCCCUGCUUGAGCUUGCGGAUGUCACUGUCGACAACGAGAUCAAAGACUCGGUUCGCUUGGCUGCCACUCGGGCUCUCAAAGGCGACCCCGACAAGGGUAUUCUGCCUGUCGAAUACGGCGACCAAACGGAGAUCCGAGAUGUCCAGGGCGUGAAAUCAGGACAGAACUAUCUGAUGGAUAUCGAAUUGGCCGUACCCAAGGACCUUACGCUGGAGCAUAUGGAAGCCAUUGAACAUGCUGUCCGGGAACGGACUGGCAGUAAAGUGCGCGGUGUCCGUCGUGUUCGCAUAAAGUUCGUCCCCGUGGAGGAUACACAGGUCACGCUGGCGGAUGAUUUUAUUGAUGGAACCAUCAGUGUUCGAAGCAGUCCAGAGCCCGAAGACGAGGCUGACCGUGAUCAUGUUCAUGACCAUGAUCACAGUCAUGGCCAGAGCCACGGCCACGAUCACCAGCAUAGCCAUGUUACAGCAAGCAGCAAGAAAGACUCCUGA